CCUGCCGCAAAGAAAAGAUCUGCUUGCUCGGCGCUCCUUCUCUCCUUCACCUUCACCACUCAGACCUCUUCAGCCUUUUCCGUCUUCACAUCCCAGUCACUUCUUCUUCUUCUUCUUCCUCCGGCGCCUAGCCUGAUCAUCCCUCGCCCUUCCGACAUUGAUUAAUCCGCUCCUCCGAUCUUCCUCGUCUGUCUCUGUCCUCCCCCGGCGGGGUCAUGGAUUAUUCCGUCAACCUCCGCCGCAAGGAUACCACCAAGGGUCCGCCCUUGAGGAUCCUAUCGCUCGAUGGCGGCGGCGUGCGUGGUUACUCCAUGCUUAUCAUCCUCCAAGAACUCAUGUACCGCAUCUACGUCGAAUGUGAAGGCAAGGCCCCCCCAUGCGACCACUUCGACCUCAUCGUUGGAACCGGCACCGGCGGGCUGAUCGCCCUGAUGCUUGGUCGUCUUCGCCUCGACCUCGAGACCUGCAAGGAUGUUUAUGUCCGCAUGACCCGCCGCGUGUUCGAAACCGACAAGACUUUUGCCGGCAUUCCUUUCCACAAAACCCUGUUCAAGGCCUCGAAGCUUGAAGAGGCGAUCCGGGAAUGCGUCCGUGAGCAUACUGUCUUCGAAGCCGAAGGCAACGAUAUGAGCCCGACGGGGCGCAAUUCUCUGGCCAGCACCCCCUUUAGUCCCAAUUCGAUGUCCGUUCCUCAGCGCUCGGGCAGUCGGGCCAGUUUUAGCACCACUACCUCACAUUCCUCGGGACAUGGCAGCCAGCGCAAUUCGACCUUUGUGAAUGGGUUGCGCUGGGGAAAUCCGGACGCGCUGCUGUAUGAUAAUCGAGAAUAUCGCACCAAAACUGCCGUGACCGCCCUCUACAAAGGCACCACUUCCCGCAACGGCUCAUCCGUCUUCCUCCGAUCCUACGAUUCGCGCAAAGAACCCCCGCCCGAGUUCAACUGCACCGUGUGGCAGGCUGGCCGCGCCACCUCCGCCACCGGUCUGGCCUUCAAGCCCAUUCAAAUCGGGCAGCACGUCUUCAUCGAUGAAGGCGCCGGCACCUACAACCCCUCGCCGCAGGUCCUGGACGAAGCGACUGUGAACGAGUGGCCCGGUCGUGAAGUGGGGGCGUUCAUCAGUGUAGGCACCGGCAAGCGCCCACCCGGCACCAACAACCGGCAGCAUGAAUGGUGGGAGGACUUCUUCGGGGAUGCGCUGGGCACAUUUGCGGAAGCACGCCGGCGCCUGAUCUCCAAGAUCGAGGGGUGUGAGGAUAUCCACUUGGCGAUGCUGCGCGAUCACCUGGCCAAGCGCAACGUCAGCAAGGAUAACUACUACCGGUUGAACGUCGAAGUAGGCGUGGGUGAGUUUGGCAUGAACGAGUGGAACCGGCUAGCGGACAUCAGCACCAACACGCGGCGCUAUCUGACCCGACCGGAGGUGAAGCGACAGAUCCUGGACGCGGGCGUCAAGUUCGCCAAGAUUGAGCGCCAACACCGGCGGCUGGCCGAACAUGCGGCCGCGGGACACGAACAUCUCGGCGGCGCGGUAGACGAUGGCACCUCAUCCAUCCUCCACAGCCCGGUGCUGUCGGUGCCGUCGCUGUCGCACCCGACGGCUGUGGAGUUGCCGGCGGAACUGCCAGGCGACUUUGUUCCCUACAUCACGACGGAGGACUCACUCCCGGCACACCCUACGCCACAGGACAGCCUCGUACCGUCGCCGCGGUUAUCGGGAGAUCUGGGCAGCCCCGGCAGCGGGGAGGUCAGUCGGCCGAGCUCACAGGCUUACGGGUCGUCGCGACCCAGCAUGGAGCAUGGGCACGAGGGGAUGCCCCCCCCAGUGCCACCCAAAACGCCCAUUCCAUAUCCGUCCGAGUAUCCCAGCGAACUGGGAGGGAUUCCAAUGCCGAUGCCGACGACGGCAAGCAGCCCGGGGCACCAUGGGGGGAGUGGGAAUGGGAAAAUUCGACCGCCGUACCCGGUGGACGAGCCGCCGGUGGUGAACAAGCACCGGAAACCGAGCUACCACGAACCCCCGAACUACCGAACCACCGAACCACCUGUCUGGCCCGUCCCAGCCUCGCUUUUCUUUCUUCCUGACUCUCACGCCCUUCUUCUCCCCUUGUUUUCUCCGAGUCCCUCAUACCCCCCUCUCCCUUCUUCCUUUUACGUGGAUCUGGCACAUCUGGCACAUUCCGAUCCGCCACGGGCCUUCCAGUUCCCCCACUACUUCUCAUACCUCCCAAUAACCACCAUGGAUACCGUUCCCUCCGCCAUGCUGGACCCCGAGGCUUCUCUCCACCUCCCCCUCAACCAUCUCGUCGGCCGCGCCGACAGCUCCUCCCGCCCGGCUUCCUACAAAGCUAUCGGCAUCUCCCUCGCCGUCGCGUCGGGUUUCUUUAUCGGCGUCUCCUUCGUGCUCAAGAAAAAGGGCCUGCUCCGCGCCAACGUCAAAUACAACGAGGAAGCCGGCGAAGGAUACGGCUACCUGAAGAAUUUAUACUGGUGGGGCGGGAUGACCCUGAUGAUCAUCGGGGAGCUGUGCAAUUUCGUCGCCUAUGCCUUUGUCGAUGCCAUUUUGGUCACGCCGUUGGGAGCGCUGACGGUCGUGGUGACCACCAUCCUGUCGGCCAUCUUUUUAAAAGAGCGGCUGAGUUUUGUUGGCAAGGUGGGCUGUUUUUGCUGUAUUUUGGGCAGUGUUGUCAUUGCGUUGAAUGCGCCGGAGCAGUCGUCGGUCAGUGAUAUUCAGGAAAUGAAGAAAUACGUCCUAUCGCCGGGGUUCUUGGUCUACGCGGGCGUCAUUGUGGUGGGCUGCGUGGUUGUCGCCGUCUGGUUGGGCCCGCGCUAUGGCAAGAAGAGCAUGUUUGUGUAUAUCAGCAUUUGCUCGUUGAUUGGCGGCUUGAGCGUCGUGGCCACCCAGGGCCUGGGCUCGGCCAUCUUGGCCCAAAUUGAUGGCGAAGCCCAGUUUAACCAGUGGUUCAUGUAUGUCUUGCUGGUGUUUGUCAUUGCUACUCUGUUGACUGAGAUCAUCUAUCUCAAUAAAGCCCUCAACCUCUUCAACGCCGCGCUCGUCACCCCCACCUACUACGUCUUCUUCACCAGCUCGACCAUCGUCACCUCCGCGGUACUGUUCCGCGGCUUUAAAGGGUCCGUCAGCUCCAUCGUAACGGUCAUCUUGGGCUUCCUGCAGAUCUGCGCCGGCGUCGUCCUGCUGCAACUGUCCAAGUCCGCCAAGGAUGUCCCCGAUGCCGCCGUCUUCAAGGGCGAUCUCGACCAGGUCCGCGAGGUAGCCACCCAGGAAGAGCCCGAGAGCGAGCCCAAGGCCGACUCCAUUCGCGGUGCCGCCGCCAUCAUCCGACGCAUCUCGACUUCGCGGCGCAAGAUGGAGGCUGAGGAAGCCCGGCGCUUCUACCGCGAACGCAGCGAGGACCUGAAGCCGCCGGCGGAGAACGAGAUCAUCGAGUGGGACGGACUGCGCCGGCGCAAGACCGUCGUCGGCGACGGCCCGACCAUGGCGCGCGCGCGCACGCUGCGCAACCCGUCCGUCAAGUAUCCGGUCCCGCCGCUGGGCAUGUCGCGCGUACCGGAGGAGGUGCCGGAUGAGCCCGAGCGCCCUAGUACGAAGCAGAGCAGCCAUUCCUUCCUCGAUGACCUCCAAUCCCGCGUCUCAAGCUUCUUCCAUCCGUCCUGGCAGCCCAUCGAGGACGAGCAUCCGAACCAGGACCCAGUCUCGCUGACAUCCAUGUCGGCGCACAAGCCGCACCCGGACACCAGCUAUCCCCAACCCGUCCUCCCGGAUGCAUCGCGCAGCAACACGCCAUGGGCCGAGGAUGACCGCGCAGCCCCUUCCCCGCCGCCGCACGGCACCCAGCGCCAGUUCUCGUUCAACACCAUGUUGCACCGGAUGAAGACGGGCAACGAGCCGACCACAUCGCGCAACUACCCCCGGCCAACCCAUCACCAUCACCGAUCCCGGUCGCGGUCGAUUACAGAAGAGGAACGUCUGGGUCUGGUGCGAGGCGAUUCCCGGGGAGACACGGCGCCGGACGAGGUAGACGAGAAGGAUAUUCUGGAGGAAGAGCCUGGCAGUUUACCGUCGGGGCUGGCCCAUUCUCCCGAGCACGACCGGUUCCAUUCUAGCGAGUCACUGUACCCAUCCCGGCUUCGCGUGAACCCGCUGCCUCCGCUCCCGGACGAGGAGCCGCUCGCGGAUCCGCACGCGCCCGUGGAGAUUCCCCACCAACGACAUGAAUCACACAGCAGUGAGGGGUCGAUUGUGUCGGGACCACGAAGCGCGGGGUGGCGACGGCAUGGAUCGGCAAGUAGCAGGGGGAGUCUCCCGGGGCGCCGGGGGGCGUUCAUAUAGAUGACCAUCUAUGUAUGAUAUGACGAUACGAGCUAUGAACAAUAGGAUAAUGUAUAUGAGACAAUUAUUAAAUUGAUGUAGAUUUCGAGGUCGAGGG